AUGCGCCGGCCUCUUCGCCACUGGGGCAUGUGUGAGGCGGUGCUUCUGCACCAUCCGUCCGACCCGUCCGCAGCGGGUAUCUUUGAGCCGUUCAUUGGCCAGGGCAAAGGGCACUCUGCAAAGCCGCUCACGCCAGAGGAGUGCCCGGUCCUGGCACGUGCGUACCGGCACGACCCUCGCCUUCCGCUCGUCGCGACGGGGUGCAUGGAUGGCUGCGUCCAGCCCGCCCUCGUCUACUUCCCCUCACUCUUUGACAUCGGCGGUGUGUGGGAGGCGCUGUCGGGAGAGGAGUGUCGACUGAUAGCCAAAUUGCGGCAGAGCUGCCAGCUCGGCAAGGCUUCACUGUUGGCUUUCCAGCUCAACAGCAGCUUCACCAUCCAGCGGGCCAUUGCCAAGAUCGCCAACGUGAAGGCCGCCUGGUUCCACGGCUGCAUCCACCUGCGCUGGGCUCUGCAGUGUGCGCCAGCCUGCCGCCAAAUCCACAACUUCCCCGAGGCACGUCGCAAAAAGCGGAAUGCGCAGGGAGAGGUGAUCGACCCUGGCGCCGUCAGGCUCGUGCGGUCUGUCGAGAAGUGCCCGGCCAAGGCAGCCUUCAAGAGGAUUGUGAUUCCGCUGUGCAAGAUGGCGCAGCACGUGCUGCUCAACGCGCCCGCCAGUGUCACGCCGCAGGUCCUCGCCAUCCUUCGCGACAAGCUGCCGCUCGGCCUCAAGUUCUCCUACGCCUCGCUCAACAUCUUUUGGGACGCCGACGUUGAUUCCAACAACCUCCCAAAGAGGCGGUUCGACCACCUGAAGAAGGGCUGGACGUACCUGCGCAGCGGUGAGGGGCACAGCGGGCUCUACGUCCACCGCGACCAGCACAACCGCGGCUUUGGCGCCGUGCUCAUCUUCGGUGACUUUGAGGGCUUUGACCAGCGAUACGUGACGCUGUCGCUGGAGCUGCCGUGCCCGGGCUGGUCACUGGUGAUUGGCGACUUUGAGGCGCUGCUGCACGCCGUGACCUCGGGCAAGGGCUUCCGCAUGUCGAUCGUCCUCUGCAACCACAAGCCGGUUGUCGAGGGCUACGACUACUUUGACCGCGAGGUGUGGGUGGCGGAGGAGGUGGGGGCGGAGGAGUACCAGGAGUGGGAGGCCGCGAUCGAGGGCGAGCUGCCAGGAUACAGCGGCUGGACCGACGAACAGAAGCGCCUUGCGAUGAUGAAGCUCGUGCGAGAGCAGUUGUGCAUGCCGCCGCCGCCGCUGCUGCCCGCGGCGUCGCUCAAGAUGCCGCCGCCGCCGCCGAGCUACCGCGGCGCCAGCGCCAAGCAGCCGCGCCCCGACGACGGCGACGCGCCGCACCGCAACCCGAGCACGACCAACGCGUCGCCCAGUCCGACUAGCACUCGAGGCAGCCGCAUCGUAGUCGCAGUGCGGGAUCGGCAGCCGGGCGGCGGAGGCGGCGCAGCGACGCAUGGGCCCGGUUGCGCGACUUGCACAUCGGCUCCGAGGAUUGUCAAGACGCACGGCGAGGACCUUGUGUACGCGCGCGGCUCGUCGCUCCUGCGGGUUGGGGAGGAGGCGCCGUUUUCCUCGAGGGACGCUGCGCCCCCGCCGAUUGACGCGCUGCCCUUGCCUUCCGGGGGCCCCGCCGCUCCGGCGGCUCGCCCCACGGCGGGCGAGGCGGCGGGCAAGGCGGCGGCGGUGAGCGAGGCGGAGGGGCUGCAGUUGCACCUCUCGGACGGCGGCACCGGGUACAAGGGCGUCUACGCCACCGCAGACGGCCGCCGCUACCGAGCGCGCGUCUACCUCGCCGGCGUGCGCAAGGAGGCCUACCUCGGCUCCUUUGGCACGGCGGUGGAGGCGGCGGUGGCGUACGCGCGGGCGGUCGCGGAGGGGCAGAAGGCGGCGACGGCGGCGGCGGGGGCGCUGGCAGAGGAGGCUGGGGCACCGGCGGGGGCGGCCGAGGAGGCGGGCCGGCGUGAUGCAGAGGACGAGGCUCUGUCGCCCCUGCCGCUCGAGGAGGGUGGGGGCACGGCCGUGUGCUGGGGCAGCAUCAUGGGCGGCUCGUCAGAUUGCGAGGCCGUGCCUUCGAACACGGGCGCGUUUCGAGAGCAUUUCUGCACCGUUUGCCGCACGCGAGGCGUGCUCGUCCCGACCACGCGGGUGCGAGUGCCGGUCGGUCCGAUGAGCGAGCUUGCGAACCAAAGCACGGGAGGCGUGUGGAACAGCCCGACCACCGACUCGCCAUGGCCGCCGUAUCGCGUCGUCAACCAGACUCGCGAGUCAAGCGGGCCACGGCUGGUGAUUUUGAAGGACGAGUGCUCAGAGCCCCUCCCGAACCUCGUCCACCUUCCGCUCACCCCCUCGCUCGAGUGGCUCACGCCCAGCGGGCAGGUCCGCUUUCGGGUCGGGCGGACGCUCAACCCGGAGGUGCCGCCGUCCGACCCGCUCGUGUCGCUCGACGAGGAUGAGAAGAAUGCCGUCGACGGGCGCACCAUGUGGGCGACAGAGGAGGACGCGAUUAUUCGCGAGGGUGUGCGCCAGCACGGCUUCAAGUGGAGACAGAUCGCCGCCUCGCUGCCCGGCCGCUCCGACUCGUCUGUCCGCAACCGCUGGAGGCUGCUCGAAAACGGGAGGCGGCUCGAAAGCGAGCGAGGAGGCGCCAGCUCAGACUCAAACUCGAGGCUGCCGCCGAGGCGGUCGCCCGCCUUCCUGAGCCACGCCGCCGCGGCGGUCGCGGGCUGCAACGCGGGCGGCGGUGUCGGCGUCGGGGCGGGCGGCGUAGGCGCCCCUGGGGCGGGCGGCGCGGCGGGCGGCGGGGCGGGCAGCACCGUCGCGUCUCCUCCUCCGGCGGUGGCGACAGAGGAGGGUGGCAGGGCAGGUGAGGCCGCCUCCGCCGCCGCCGGCAAGCUCGAGACUGGCGGUGAGGUGGGCGGCGAGGUCGGCGUCAAGAUCGAGGAAGGAAAGAGCGCGGGCGAGAGCGAGGCGAGCGGCGGCGGCGGCCAGCCGUACCACGAGCCCAAGGAUCACGUCCGCUUCCCCUGCGUCCCGGCGGGGCAGCGGCGCGGCGCGCCGCGGCAGCGCCUCGACGAGGGCGCGCGCGCGUGGGACAGGGAGGAGGAGGACGGGGGGGAGGAGGAGGACGAGUGCGACGACGACGACGACGACGACGAGGGCCGGCUCGAGGAUGUGAUCGACUUGCGCGGGUACUCGCGCCGCGCCGCCAUCGGGCUGCGCGUGCAGGUCUCGUACGAGGAGCGGCAGGGCAAGCAGUUGGUGUCGGUGCCGUACCGCGGCGAGGUUGUCUCUGUCGACAUGCGAAAGGGGCUGCGGGUCAAGCUCGACGGGUACGUGCGGAGGGAGUGGGUGACCGACGAGGACGAGUGGAGGUGGGUGCCGCCCGGCGACCAGGCGCUGCUCCCGCACCAGCAGGAGCUGAUCGACCGGGCGAACGAGGCGGACGCGGUGGCUGCUGGGCGUGGGCAGCGCCAGGAGGGCGCCGCGGCGGCUGUGGCUCCAGCCGCGGAGGCGGAGGGGCUGAAGCUGCACCUCUCGAGCAGCAGCAGCACCGGCUACAGGGGAGUGUCGCAGGUUCCCUCUGGCCGCUUCCAAGCGUGCCACUGGGUGCGCGGCAAGGAUGUCUACCUCGGAACCUUCGACACGGCGGUGGAGGCGGCGGUGGCGUACGCGCGGGCGGUCGGCGAGUACCCGCGUCCCCCUCCUCCGGCGGUGGCGACAGAGGCGGAGGGCUUGCAGCUGCACCUCUCGAGCAGCAGCAGCACCGGCUACUUAGGCGUAAUCGAGUACACUGCUGGCCGCUUCAAGGCGCAGUCGGGCAGAGGGCAGGGACGCGGCGGGCAGAAGUACUUGGGCUCCUUCCACACGGCUGUGGAGGCGGCGGUGGCUUACGCGAAGUGUGUCGGGCAGGCGGGGGCGGCAGGCUCGGCGGCGGCGGAGGAGGGCGACGGAGCAGGCGGCGAGGAGGAGGGCGGCGAGGAGGGCGGGUGGAGCGGUGGCGGCGAGGAGGAGAGCCACUUCCAGCGUGGUGGCGAGGCUGCAGCUGCAGUGGAGAGCAGCGUGGAGGCUGUCUCGCCGGGGUCCUCCUGCGCAACAAGCCAUGAGACGCGUGGCGCGGCGGCGGCGGCGGCGGCGGCGGCGGCGGCGGCGGCGGCGGCGGCGGCGGCGGCGGCGGCGGCGGCGGUGUCCGAGGCCGACGACGAUGAGGCGGCGGAGGAGGCGUCGCCGAGGGCGGGGGCGGGCGGCGGCGAGGCUGCGGCGGAGGGCGAGGAGGACGGUGUCCAGGAGCACCUCGGGACGGCAGUCCCUCCAGGCGGUGUUGGCGGCGGGGCGGGCGGCGCGGGCGGCGGUAGGGCGGACGGCGCGGGCGGCGGUGGGGCGGGCGGCGGGGCGGGCGAUGGGGUGGGCAGCACCGUCGCGUCCGCCGCGUCUUCUGGCACCGUUCCCGCCGGAAACGGCGCCGCGUCUUCUGGCGCCGUUCGCGCCGUUCCCGCCGCACCUGCAGCACCCGCUGCUCCGGGGCAUGGUUUGAUGCGCGCCUCCAACCUCCUCCCCGCGCGCGAGGACGCGUUUGGGGACGGCCUCGUGCUGCGUGUGCGCCCGCUCACGGCGGCAGUCGGCCAGGUCUCGCAGAUCUUUAAGGCGGCCAAGGUCAGCUACCCGCCGAAACAGAUUGACGCGUGGGCAGAUGCAGGAGCGCUGUCGGUGGAGGUUUGCGUGGUCGGGGCGGACGGAAGCCUCGACAUCGUCGCUGCAUGCACAGUCCAGACCUUUGCGGUGGACGAGGCUCUCCACUACUCGGACGCUGACGUCGCGCGGCUGCACUUAUCAAAGUGUUUCGCACGUGCAGCCUGCGUCGUGGGCGACCUGCUCCUUCCGCCUUGCUACCUUUUCGACGUGCGCAUGCUCGCUGCAGCGCAACCUUUCAGACAGGGGCGCGGCCGAGCCUUGCGCGAGGGACUAACUUUCCUCGCAGCCGCUCUUCCGCGCCCAACGUACAUCUUUGCGCGUGUGAAGCAAAAGGGGAGCCGGGGGGAGCAGGCGCCCGCGGACUGGUACAGGAAGUGCUUCGGAGUGCUCGCGCCGCCGUUCGCAUCGCCCACGUCGGGAGCGAUGGGUCUGGUCCUUGCCACGCGUAUCAACGCAGUGAGCACGGCCGACAAGGUGUCCACCGCUGGGCUCGAGCCGGCACGCGGCGAGCCAGACUUUAUCGGCCUCACGCUUCGAGUGGAUGCCGCUGCUGCUCCGCCGUAG